AAUCCUCCUCGGCCCCGCUGCCCCUUUCUACCCCCGUCCCAUUGCAGCCUUUCCCCCAAGCGCUGCCCUCCGGCACUCCUCUCCCCCGUUUCCCCGAUGCCAUUUGGGAUGACGGCCCUUCCCGGAGGAUGCUGUCUGUGGUCCAGGCGUGCAUAGCUGGGAGCAGCCCCCCGGGGCACCCCUUAUCACCAAUCCCUGGUCUUCAAUCCUAGGGCCGGAUCUUAGUGAGGGGUCUGGGGGUGGGCCCUGGGGGGGGGCUCCAUCCUGUAUCAUUGGGCCAAUUUGCCCGGCCUUGAGUCGCUUUGACUCCCAUCUUUCUGCUGGCCGUGCCACAUCUGUGUGUUCCUGAGCUGGUCUGUUUCCCCCCAAAGCCCCAGGAUGGAGCGAGGAGCUGCUCUGUGGGAACGGCUCAGCACUGCAGCCCACCUCCAUUGGAGCUUCCUAAAAUCACCCUUCUCUCUUCCUCUGGAAACCUUUCUUUCCUCCAUAGCGUAGGCUGGAAGGGCUGCCCUUCCUCUGCGCUCUCUUGGAUGUGGGUAAUGAUGAUGUUCAGGUGGUUAAAAUUAAGCAACCUCAUCCCUUCCUCAAUUAACACACCUUCAGGCUCAAAGGCACUCGUUUCUUGGCGGAUGUUUCCUGGAUCCCUUUCCUUCUCUGGGUUUAGCUUUUGCAGGAAUAAACAACGCUUUGGGAAAACUAGGAUUGUAUUCCUGGCUUUCCUGAUGGCGGAGUGAAUCUUUCCUGUGUAGUUCAGCACUGUUGUUUCUCUGAGCCAAGGGAUUUUCCCAAUUCUUGCUGCUCCUCGUCCAAGAAGCCGGGCAAUGAGUUGAACCAGGCUCUGAUCAGCGAUGCCCUUAGGAGCCCUGAAGAAGCAGUGAAGCUGGUAGGGCUUUUCUCUUUCGUUUGUGGCCUCUUAGGGCUGCUGGCUGCCGGCUCGCCCUCUUCUGUGGCUGGUGGGGCAGCCUCAAGUCUUUUUUAGGCUCUGGAUCAGGGCCUGCAACUUCAGGACUGUUUGGCUGUGAAAUAUUUCUGCAAGCUGAUAGUUCUCCUUGGUAGCUGUGUCCAUGCAGAUGGUAUCGGGUGCACGUUGUGAAGGAGCUGCUGCCAGAAACGAGGACCGUAUCCUGGAGGAGCUGGAAAAGGGUGGAGAACAUCUCAGCUGUGACCUCCUCCCCCCCGGUGCAGGCAGCAGGGAUUCCCCAGCUCCCAUUCCUGCAGCUCGGUUUGCAGUGGUGAGCAGCCGAGGGUUGGAGCAGGGCAGGCUGUGAGCCAAACUAUUUGUGUUUGCUCAACACACGAGCAGCUGUUCAUCCCGAUCUGCUCCCAAGAGAUGCUGCUGGUGCCCUGCUCCUAUGGAAGGUGGGAUUGCUUUUUGUUCUUCAAGCAAACUGCUCCGGGCAGCUGAUGGGUGUUUUCAGGAGUGCCUUUGAACCUUGUCAGGAAUCCGCUGGGGUUGUUUCACGUUUGGUUUCUGGUGCACAGCCUUCCAAAGAGAAGCAGACGCCGAGGCCAUGGGGAGCGCGCUGCUAACAGCACGAUUCCAUCAGAAAUGCUGGUGGCUGAGAUGAACUUUUUCGUGGAUAAAUCAAACAAACAACCAUUUUAUGCAAUCCACCAUCUCUGCUGACUGAAGAAAUUCCCCCGGGUCCAUUAACAGAGUCUGGCAGCAGCACAGCCCUGCCUUGUGUUUAAACAAGCUUGCUAGCAGCUGGUGCGAGUACAGGCAGCGAUGUUCUGGAGAGGAUCAGAGCAGUGAUGUUAGUGCAGAGCACAGGAACUGCUGUUGGAACACCCAUUCGGAGCGUUUCUGUGUGAAUUGUGAGUUGGCUCUCUGCUGUCCCAGCGCUCCAGAGCCAAUGCUUGAGCUCAGAGCAUCACAAGGGUGCGGCUACGGCCGCUGAAACGCGGCGGGACGUGGGUGGUAUCACAGCCAAACCUGGAGCCGGAAAGCCGUGCUUGGGGGAGAGGAGCUGGGAGAACUCGUGCAGAUGGGAUGGAGCGGAAUCACAAGGGCUCACCUUUGGUUUGCGAUGUUUUCUUUGAGCUCCGAGCCCGCGAUGUGGAACUGGGCGAGCUGGAGACGGCUCCUGGGGAAGCCUUGCCUUGUCUGCUGUUGUCAUGGUGCUGGGAGAGGCGGCGCAGCUCCGCGUGGAGCUCUGGUGGCAGAGGGAAGGUCGGGUGGUGCUGGGAGGGAGCAGCCAUCUCGGAAGCGCCGAGAUGAAGGCAGCGCUGUUGUGAGAUGCUCGGGAAACCAUAGAAACGGUUGUAAGGCGCUGGCUGUGCGAUGUGCUGGGGUGGAGAGGGCACUGUGCGAUGAGCAGGCGGCUGUCUGCGGUGUGACGGUGCUGCUUUGGGGCUGCUGGUCCCGCCGUGCUCUGUGGAUGUGCUGGGGAUGGCCUUAAAGAAAUCCAGUCCUGCUGAGAAGGGCAGAUCUCUGCUGGCACUGUGGGUCUGCCCCGGGGGCUCUGGUUGCUGCCGCAGCUCCUGCUGCUCUCCCAGGACCUGCCUGAUGCCAGGCAGCACAACGUGAAGCUCGUUAGUAUUCAAAGGAAAGAGCAGCAUUGGGAUUUGCAGCACGCUUCUCCCUUCUCCUCAGCGUUGUUUUUGGUGUUGCCAUGUUAACUCUAGCCAGAGCAGCAUCUGCCACAUAUCAAAUGCUGAAGUGCUAUAAAUCAGUGCUGGCGCAGGGGAUGCAGUCUGUGUUUGGCCUUUCCUGCACUCGCUGUCUGCCCUGGCUCUAAUUGACCUCUGGAGAGCACAGCAUAUGGCAGUAAUGGUGAUGAGCACCGGUGCUAACGAUGGAGCCUGCUGCCUCUGAGCUUCCACAGCCUGGGACCUUCUGUUAAAGCCCAACUCCAGGCUCCUUGUGGUGAUGGGGAUGUGCUGUGCCCCCUGUACCCACACUGUGCUGCCCAGCAGGCUCCAACACACUUUGAAGAGGUGUUUGCUCUCAAUCGGGGCUGCUUUUUUCCUCUUAUUGCAUGCUGGUGUUCCUAGAGCACCUAAAGAAGCUGUUGGCUGCAAGAUUCACCCAUGCCCAGCAUUGCACGGAGGUUCUGUUAGCUCCCAUACUGAUUAAUCAUGCCCUAGUUCAUGGAUAAUAGUGGCUUUUUUCCCCCCAGCUGUCCUGUGCUGCAAAGCUUUGCUGCAGGUGUGGCUUUGCUCUGUGCUGAAGUGAUUUUUUUGCUGUAUGUCUGUUACCUGCUGCCCUGGGGCAUUGUGAACUUCCACCAUUCAGAACGCUCUGAGAUGCAGAGCUGGAUGGCAUCAAGAGGAGCAAAGUAAUUUUACUGUAAAGAAUCCUGGAGAGCAGAUUCUCACGCUCCACCGUUUGGAUCUCGUUAGUAAACAAACUGCGUUUUCCCAUCAAUUUACUGGUGGCAGUUGCUACUUUGAGACUACAGUCAGGUUCUGAAACAAAAUCACAUUGCAGCAGCAUCCCUGAGUGCGUGUGGUAUUGAAGAAGGGAUUGGCUUUGGUGGCACAGGGGCAUCAUAGGCAGAUCAACCCAGCACUGUGCAGGCCAGAGCUGAGGAUGCCCAUUGGUUUCUCUGAAAUGUGUCGUGGUUUUAAGUCCUCUGAGCUCUGCUGGGAGCCUCUGUGUGUGAGUUGUGUGCGACGUGAGCCUGUCCAGCUUCUGCUUUUGCACUGCCUUGCACAGAUGUCCUGUGCGCUGCUGCAGAAUGCAGGUGGUGGUGGCACAGUUUGUUCCUUAGCGGUGCUUUCAGCUCAGGGCUGUCUGUGCUGGGGGAACUGAAGGCUCCUGGUGUCUCCAGGCUGCUUUGUAGUUUCUGUGCUCCUCACAGCAGCCUGCAGUGAGUUGAUGCUGGUGGGGGUCCGGCUGCUGCUGUCUCUUCCAAGCAAAGAACCAGACCUGAGCUCUCUGCCCAUCCUGAGGGCAGCAUCAGCUCCAGAGGGGACCUGCACAGCUCCAGGUGUGGGCAUUGUGCUCCAGCUGAGCAGCUUCUAUGGGACGCAGGCAGUGCUGGGCACCUCUCUGCAGGGCACCUUGCUGCGACCUUGCCUCCUGUAGCAUAAAUACACACAGACACACUCUGCUAUUUAUAAUCUGCCUCUGCCUGGGGAGAAGGUGAGAGAACCAACAUGUGCCCGGCGUUGGUUGCUCUGCUCUCUGCUCAGGCUCCACCAGGAGAGGAACCCUAUGGAGCACUGCUGUUCUCUGCUCUCAUUUGGGAAAGCAACUCUUUGCAUCUGCAGCACCAAUCCCUUCCUUCCCCCCAUCUCCACCAGCGCAGGAAUCCCGAAGCAUCCAGAAGGCUCCUCUGUCUGCAGCUGGAAGGGGGAGAGGCUUCUGCAGGGGGGAUUUCUUUGGCUGUUGUACGUUGGGAAGCAUGAGAGCAAGGAGACGAGGCAGGCUGGUGCUAUUUCUGCCUGUCAGGAAGCUUGCAACAGGUACAACAUUUGCUUUGAGGUUUCUGCUUUGGCAGAAACGAGGACACGAGGAGACGUCGUGACAUCUCACUUUGCUGCCGUCUCCGUCUGAAUUUCUGGCAGGGAGGAGAAAAAUCUCCAAGCUGCUGUUCCCUCUCUGUCUCAGCACCCUUCCUCCACGCUGGAAGGAGCUGAUAACAGCUUGUUUGUGUCUUCCCAGUGCUGAGAUGAGGGCUGAGAGCGUGCAGAGCUGUGCUGCCGGGCUUCCCCUGCUGUCUGACAGCAGUAAUGGGUGGCUUGGUGCAGAAUGAGCUGUGUUCUCUUUCUCCCUUCACCUGGCAGGAGGAGCUCAGUGUGGGGCUGGGGGCUGCCCCCAUCACUCCCACUGCAGCUCCAUGCAGCACUGAGCCUGUUGCAGAGCCAGAUGCCAGCCUUCCUGCUCCACUCUGACUGCAAGCCAGGGGAGGCCUGUGGCAUUAUGUUUAAUUUCUUUGUAAUGCCUGUGGCGUUAUCCAGUGGUGUGGCAUUCUCUGCACCCCAGAGCACUUUGUGGCAGUGCUUAAUGCUCCUUGGUGCUGCUGCUGGGCAGGGCUCUGCUCUCAGCAGAACAGGGGCUGCUUUACUUUCCGCUUUAUCUGUUGUGUGGGAUGGCUGCCUCUGAAAAUAGUCAUCUUUUCUCUUUGCAGCGUGUGUCUGUGUGUGCCUUUCUGCCCAGUCUGACGUUUGUGAAAUCUGCUCUGUUUUCCCAUUGGUAACGAUGGGGACAGGAUGUGAAGAACACCCACCUGUGGAAGGCUCAGCCACGUACCAGACAGCUCACCGUGCAUCUGCAGAGCCACGACCUCCCCAGCACCUGCACAGAGCAGUGUGUCACACAGCGUGGUUUCCUCAUGCCUUCUUGCACCUCCCUGCUGGAAGUGAGGCAGCACCUUCGAGUGCAUAAGCGUGCAAGAGGAGGGGAGGAUCCCUGAAACAGAGCCCAUUUCCUGGGACUGAGCACUCAGGCCCCAUCCCCUGGAGGCAGGAAAAUGCCCUGUGCUUCCCAGGUGUGCUGGGAGCGCCCUGAGCUGCCUGGAUUUGGGUGCUGGGGCACAAUGCAAGCCUUGCUCCUAGCCAAGCCAAGCUGCUGGCGUGGUUGGCUGCAUCCCUGCAUCCCCAGGCUGGAUGUGGCUCUGGGCAGCUCGGUCUGGUGGCUGGUGACCCUGCACAUAGCAGGGGGGGUUGAAACUAAAUGAUGAUUGUGGUCCUUUGCAACCCAGGCCAUUCUAUGAGUCUGUGAUCCAUCCAGUGUUACCUGCUUGGUGUGAAUGUUGUUGUAACAGAAUCACUUUGUAAAGGCAGCAUGCAGGUCGGGUGGCACUGAUCCCUCAGAUAUCCCUAUGAAUGAGUGGUGCUGAGGCUGUCCUCAGAAAAGGAAUUUCAGACACGUGCUGCCCUGUACCUCCUGGCUGUGCUGUGUGGCCAGGGCAGCCCAGGCACGCGUUCCUCACUGCAGAUGCUUCCAUUGCUGCAGUGGGAGCUGAUCUGUACAGCAGCAGCUGAACCAACAUUCGUUCUCCUGUGUUUCUGCAGCCGCCACGCGUGACUGAGGAGCAAAAACAAUCUCAUGGAGUGACUCAUCCCUUUGGGGAAGAUCAACGAACUCAGCAACGUUCCUGUCCCUGUCAUGUUGAUGCCUGAUGAUUUUAAAGCCUACAGUAAGAUCAAGGUGGACAAUCAUCUGUUCAACAAGGAAAACUUGCCCAGUCGCUUUAAAUUUAAGGAGUAUUGUCCUCUGGUGUUCCGAAACCUCCGGGAAAGGUUUGGGAUUGAUGACCAGGAUUACCAGAAUUCAGUGACACGAAGUGCCCCAGUGAACAGCGACAGCCAGGGCCGAUGUGGGGCCCGGUUCCUCACCACCUACGACAGGAGGUUUGUCAUUAAGGCCGUGUCGAGUGAGGAUGUGGCAGAGAUGCACAACAUCUUAAAGAAGUACCACCAGUUCAUAGUGGAGUGCCAUGGGAACACCCUUCUGCCCCAGUUCCUUGGCAUGUACCGGCUCACCGUGGAUGGAGUGGAAACCUACAUGGUGGUUACCAGAAAUGUGUUCAGCCACAGGCUGACAGUGCACCGAAAAUACGACCUGAAGGGCUCAACAGUGUCCAGGGAAGCAAGCGAUAAGGAGAAGGCCAAGGAUUUGCCGACGUUCAAGGACAACGACUUCUUGAAUGAGGGACAGAAGCUGCAUGUUGGGGAAGAGAGCAAAAAGAACUUCCUCGAGAAGCUGAAGCGGGACGUGGAGUUCUUAGCUCAGCUGAAGAUCAUGGACUACAGCCUGCUGGUUGGGAUCCACGAUGUUGACCGAGCAGAGCAGGAAGAGAUGGAAGUGGAGGAUCGGGCAGAGGAUGAGGAGUGUGAGAAUGAUGGCCUCGGAGGGAACCCCAUCUCCUCGUAUGGAACCCCCCCAGACAGCCCUGGCAAUCUCCUCAAUUACCCUCGCUUCUUUGGGCCUGGAGAGUUUGAUCCCUCUGUUGAUGUCUACGCCAUGAAAAGCCACGACAGUGCCCCCAAGAAGGAAGUGUACUUCAUGGCCAUUAUAGACAUCCUUACACCAUAUGAUGCAAAGAAGAAAGCUGCACACGCUGCCAAAACAGUGAAACAUGGGGCUGGGGCAGAGAUCUCCACCGUGAACCCGGAGCAAUACUCCAAACGCUUCAAUGAGUUCAUGUCCAAUAUCCUGACAUAGUCAUCUUCAGCCUUCAGAGGAACGCGAGGAGGAGAAGAGGGGCUACUUCCCAGAGGAGAACGCAGCCUGUGACACUAAAACAGACUCUGUAGCAGCAUGUGGGGUGUGUGAGUGAGUGAGUGAGUGAGUGAGUGAGUGGCACUGCGUGACUUCAGAGACAACGUAUUUUCAGUGCACCCCUCCGACAGCCCACAUCGGCCA